AUGACGGCCGUGCUCACGCAAGACCAGGAUCACACUCCGCUGCAGUUGUACGUCGGAUUCGACUCGAUCACCAAGCAGAUCGAGUCGAAGCUGCUCAAGCGCGGUUUCCAGUUCAACGUCAUGGUCGUCGGUCAAACAGGACUUGGCAAGUCGACACUCAUCAACACGCUGUUCGCCGCGCACCUGAUCGACACCAAGGGCCGCUUUGCAGCGGACGAAGUGGUGCGCCAAACGACGGAGAUUCACCCGGUCUCGCACGUGAUUGUGGAGAACGGCGUGAGGCUGCGGCUCAACAUUGUCGACACGCCCGGGUACGGCGAUCAGGUGAACAACGAGAACUGCUGGGAUCCGAUCAUCAAGUAUAUCAAGGACCAGCACUCUGCGUACCUGCGCAAGGAGCUGACUGCGAUGAGGGACAGGUAUAUCGUGGACACGCGCAUCCACUGCUGUCUGUUUUUCAUCAACCCCACGGGUCACGGGUUGCGCCCCAUCGACGUGACCGUGAUGAAGAAGCUCAGCGACGUGGUCAACGUUGUACCCGUCAUCGCCAAGUCCGACUCGCUUACCAUGGACGAACGCGAUCUCUUCAAGGAACGCAUUCGUGCCGAGAUGCAGUACAACAACAUCCGCGCCUACCCGUUCGACAACGAGGACUACGAGGAGGAGGAGCGUGAACUCAACGAACGCAUCCGCACCCUGAUCCCCUUUGCGGUCGUCGGCAGCGAAAAGUCGGUGGUCAUCGACGGCAAACAGGUGCGCGGCAGGAAGAACAGGUACGGCGUGGUCAAUGUCGAGAACGAGAGCCACUGCGAGUUUGUGCAUCUGCGCAACUUUUUGACGAGGACGCACCUGCAGGAUCUCAUCGAGACCACCGCACAGAUCCACUACGAGGCGUUCAGGAGCAAGCAGCUGCUUGCGCUCAAGGAGAGCUCGUCGAAGCAGCAGCAGCAACAGCAGCAGCAACAACAGGCAGCAGCCCAGCACUAG